GCCAGCGAGGGAGCGCGAGCGGAGACUUUGACUUCAAACCACAGGCUCGGGGGAAGUGUGCGCGCCGCCGUCCCUGCAGCACGGUCGAUCUAGCCUCUGGCGUCUUCCCGGCGGAGCGCCGGGGUCCCGGGAAGCAGAGCGCCGGCGGGCUGCGGCUCGCGCACGCCGCUCACCAUGGGCUCCGGGAGCCGGGCGCUGUCCGUGGUGCCGGCCGUGCUGCUCGCCCUCACCCUGCCCGGGCUGCCCGUCUGGGCGCAGAACGACACGGAGCCUAUCGUGCUGGAGGGCAAGUGUCUGGUGGUGUGCGACUCGAACCCGGCUACGGACUCCAAGGGUUCCUCUUCCUCCCCUCUGGGGAUCUCGGUCCGGGCGGCCAACUCCAAGGUCGCCUUCUCGGCGGUGCGGAGCACCAACCAUGAGCCGUCAGAGAUGAGCAACAAGACGCGCAUCAUUUACUUCGAUCAGAUCCUAGUAAAUGUGGGCAAUUUUUUCACCCUGGAGUCUGUCUUUGUAGCACCAAGAAAGGGAAUUUACAGUUUCAGCUUUCAUGUAAUUAAAGUCUACCAGAGCCAAACAAUCCAGGUUAACCUGAUGUUAAAUGGAAAGCCAGUAAUAUCUGCCUUUGCUGGGGACAAAGAUGUUACCCGUGAAGCUGCCACCAAUGGCGUGCUCCUCUACCUGGAUAAGGAGGAUAAAGUUUACCUAAAACUGGAGAAAGGUAACUUGGUUGGAGGCUGGCAGUAUUCCACGUUCUCUGGCUUUCUGGUGUUUCCCCUAUAGGAUUUGAUCUCUGCGCGAUGUUGAUCCAGGGGAGGGGUGGCCCGCCCCUGCGUUAUUGGAAGAUCAUUUGCUCAUCAUUGGAUUGAUGUCUUUUCUCGGUUUCUCAUGGGUGAAUAUGGAUUCUCUUUAAGGAUGCUAGGCCCGUCCGAACCAACACAGUCUCACAGAUUAUUUUCGUGUGUGUGUGUGUGUCAGUAAUACUUGGAUGGGCGCUCACAACAGACAAUACCUAUCUGUGCUCAAGUGUAACAGUUUAAACGCUCUCUGCAAGGUUUAUCCUGAGUUUAAUUUCCUGGGAUCACUGAGUUCGUUGCAGAUGUGGAAUUUUCUUUGUUUUUAAAAGACUGGCGACCGGGUCUUAAGAAUUAGAAAACUCUCGAGUUCUGACUUCAAUCAACGGUUAGUGUGAUACUGCCAAAGAAUUGUAUGCUGUGCUGAUAUAUUGGUUACACUUGUUUUUUUUCUUUGGAAUUUGUCUGUUUUGUUCUCUUAAGGUAACUGGGAAUUGUUUUUUCAGUGACUGGCUCUGUGACUUCUCUACAAAUAGGGUAAUGAAUGGCUUGCCCACAGAUUUACCCUACGAGAUCACCAACAUGACUUCCCUUAACAAAAAAGAAUGCUUCAUAGUUGUAUUUUAAUUAUAUAUGUGAAAGAGUCAUAUUUUCCAAAUUAUAUUUUCUAAUAGGAAGAAUAGAUCAUAACUCUGACAAGGAAAAAAAGUCGCUUACCCGAGUUCUAAGUGCUCAGCCCCCCAAACCUCCACCCAACCACCCUCCUCCGCGGGAAAUCUUAUACUUUCUUGCUCAGCUUGAAUUAACAUGAUUGAUAAUAACCACUUUAUUAAAAAACCUAAGGGAUUUUUUUCCCCUGAGACAUGACCACUUAAUUAACUGGAGAUGGGCUACCCCUGUUUUUAAUUAUACCUAUUUUUCAAGCCUUCUGUUGUGUUUGGAAGUAUCAUCUGGUUUUGCCUUAAUUCCUUGGAUUGUAUAUAUUUAUCUGUUUAGCUAAUAUUAAAUCCAAGUAUCCCAUAUCUAAACUUAGUGCAAUAUCUUAUUUUGUCUUUUGUACAGGUCAUAUGAACUCACAAAAUUAUUUAUGUCUCUGUCAUAGAAUAAAGGUUAAUAUAUGUUA